AUGGCUUCAUCGAUAGUCUGUCAAAAUUUCAUCUGUCAUUUUUGCUAUGAUGAAUUUCGCAAUCGUUCUUCCCUAUUGUCUCAUUUUUCACAAUGUCGCACGAAAAAUUCUACUCGACAAAAUCAUGAAACCAUUAGUUUAAUACGACUGAAUAAAACAGAUCGUGAUUUACUUCACAUGUUAAAAUUACAUCGAUGUAAAGAUAAAUUUGUAUCCUGCAAGCCUAAAGACAAAACGAAUUCUUAUUUACAAAUUCCAUUAUCACACCAACCAUCAUUUGAUGAUCCGAUUUGUAGUACAAACAAUUGUUUGUCUCUCAAUAGUAGCGACUAUGAAGGAAAAAAUUCAAACCAGAAUUUAAAUACAAAAUCUUCAUUGUCAUAUCAUACAUAUAAAUAUUCUCGACGUGAACAAAACAAUUUCUAUGCUAGUGUUAAACGAGCACGAUUAAAAAAACAAUGUUCAACAUUAAAAAAAUCUCAUAAAAAUUCUCAAAUAUUCAACAAGAAAAAUUACUCUAUAAAUUUACCAACAAAAAUCAAUUCUCGUCAACGUUUGAAUACAAAUGCAAAUAAUUCCUAUCCAUUAAUCUUUGAUCCACAUUUUCAUUCGUUAGUUCAACUAUCAACAAAUAAUUUAUUUCAGAACUAUUUUUCUGAUAUAAAAAUUUAUUUUCAUUUAAUACAUUCAAUAGCUAGUCAAGAAUUUCAACUCAUGAUCAAUAGUAAUGAUCAUCAACAACAAGUAUCCUAUACAGCAUAUUCAUUUAUUAAUAUUCUUCGACAAACAAUGACAGAUUAUUCACUAAAUUUACAAAAAAAUCUCAAACGAAACUAUUUUCAAUCAUUCCAACCGAAUAAUCAAGCAAUACCGUCUAAUGUUCAAAUUGAUGAUAAUUAUCAUCGUUUUGAAACAUUGAUAGAUAGUAGUUUACCAUCAGAAGCAAUCAUUAAUAAUUUUCUUCCAAUUCAAACUAAUGAAAUCAAUAAUCCAGUUAUACAUCCGGUGCAAUCUGAUAUAACUACUCUAAGACAACGUCGAACAUCAAGAGAGCGAAACAAUACAGAACCAAUGCCAAUUUAUUUUAUUCCAAUCGUUGAAGAACCGACAAACCACCGAAGUCCUAGUCCUGUUUUAUUAAAAAAACAAAAAAUUGAACCAAUACAAAACGAUCAAUGUAAUUUUAUACGUAUUAUCAAUGGAACAAAUGAUAAUGGAAAACGAUCAUCUUCCAGUAAAAAGAAUACGGAGUCAAAUCAUCACAUUGAUGAAAAUUCAAUGAUAAAACCAACACGAAUGACUACACGUAAGAGUCCGAUAAAAAUGGAAGUAAUCACAGAAACGAAUCCAUCUUUCGAAACGAAACCGGUUAUUUUAUCAUCUAAUGAAAUUUCAAAAGAAUGGUUAACACAUAAUGUUUUUUAUCGUUGUCAUGUUUGUUCACAUGAAGAAUUUUUCGUUGUUUUAUCACGUGAAUGUAUCAAUUUACAUAUAUCAUCGAAACAUGCUAAUAUGGAAGAAAAUUUCAAGCAACGUUUAUCAAAUUUUCUGAACAGUAAAGGACGUUCAUUAAAAGUUUUUCAACAUUAUUUAAAAUGGCAACAGCCAUGGUCUGAAAAACAAAUCGAACAAGUAUUUAAAUUAUCGAACAAACGAUAA